UGAGUGCACGCCUGUAACCUGCUGUCAUUCCCAAUUCGUUUUCCUUCCAGAAACACAAAGAUCAGAUUCAGGCCGUUAAUCCCUAGAAAUUGUGCUCUGUCUAGUUCGAAUCGAACUUCUUGAUUAAGUCAUCGUUUGAAUUCUGUCCUCAAAAGAUGAAUCAAAAUCAGACCGAUCAAGCCCACAUAGCCAAACCAUCAUCAGAAUCAGACGGAAACCAUCGCUCCACCGACUAUGCUCCGUAUCCGAAGCUCGACCCGAAAGACGUGGCUCCGCCACCGGGGAAUUGGACCAACGUGUCAGUGGGUCCAUCAGAAUCUCAGCCCAAACAAGCGGGCGCAGACCAAGGACCGGCACCGAUUUCCGGCAGCGCCGCCACUGCCAUGCCAUCGGAGUCUAAUCCCUACGUCACUUCUGCCCCGGCUCAGAAGAAUAAGAUUGAUUCGGUGAAGGAUAUACUGGGGCAAUGGGGAAAGAAGGCGGCUGAGGCUACAAAGAAGACCGAGGAUCUUGCUAGGGAUAUGUGGCAACACCUGAAAACGGGUCCUAGUUUUGCUGAUGCUGCUGUGGGAAGAAUUGCUCAGGGAACUAAAGUUCUUACAGAAGGUGGUUAUGAGAAGAUCUUUCAACAGACAUUUGAGAAUGUUCUGGAGGAGAAACUUUUGAAGACAUAUGCAGCAUACCUAUCAACUUCUGCUGGUCCUGUUAUGGGGGUUUUAUAUUUGUCCACAGCGAAGCUUGCUUUUUGUAGUGAUAAUCCUCUACCAUACCAAGUUGGUGACAAAACUGAGUGGAGCUAUUAUAAGGUGGUUAUUCCAAUAAAUCAGCUGAAGGCAGUAAAUCCAUCUACCAGCAAGGUCAACCCAGGCGAAAAAUACAUUCAAGUUAUCUCUGUUGACAACCAUGAAUUUUGGUUCCUGGGCUUUGUACAGUAUGAUAGUGCUGUAAAAAAUCUUCAAGGAGCAUUGCAAUCCGGCGGCUUCUGAUGUUAUCAGGGUUAAAACUCCCUAUGGUGAAUUGUGGCUUAUGAUCCAUAACUUAAUGUAGAUAAGUUUGGGAUGCUGGGAAUAUAUUGUGGAGAUUAUUUAUGUUGAAAGCUUACAUUUGUUUGUGUGCUUGUAGUUCUUCGUUUGUUACUGGAACACAUUGGUUGUGUAUAUAUGUUUGUAUCAUUUUCUUACUCACAAA